AUGCUUCUCCUGAGUAUACUCCCGCUCGUGCUGCCGCUGGCAGAGGCCGCCUCCAGCGCCGAAUGGGCGAAACGGUCGAUUUAUCAAGUCAUCACAGACCGCUUUGCGCGGCCAUCGAGCGUGACGACAGAAUGCGACCUUCUGCUGUACUGCGGCGGCACCUACUCGGCGCUGAUCGAGAAACUGGACUACAUCCAGGGGAUGGGCUUCACGGCGGUGCAGAUCUCGCCGGUGAACAAGCAACUGACGCAGGACACGAUCUACGGGGAGGCCUUCCACGGCUACUGGCCGCAGAACCUGGACGAGUUGAACCCGCACUUUGGGACCGCCGCCGAGUUGAAGAACCUGUCGGCCGAGCUGCACUCGCGCUCCAUGUACCUGCUGCUGGAUGUGGUGGCGAACGAGAUGGCGAUCGACAUCGGCAACACGACGAUGAACUCGUCGACGAGCAUCGAUUACUCCGAGUUCCACCCGUUCAACAGCUCGUCGUACUACCACGCCUACUGCGACCUGGACGACUGGUCGGAUUCGAGCAUCUACACGACGUGCUGGCUGGGCAACGAGGGCGUGGCGACGCCGACUUAUGUGCUGACGGACAGCACGGUCAACGCGACGCUGACGAGCUGGAUCGCCAACCUGGUCAGCGAGUACGACAUUGACGGUCUGCGGCUGGACGGCGCCAAGCAGAUCGAGACGGCCUUCAUUGCCCCCUUUGUGGGCAGUGCGGGGGUGUGGACGAUGGGCGAGGUCGACGACGACGUGGUGAGCUUCACAUGCGGCUAUCAGAACUACUCGUUAGGGCUGGAGAACUAUCCGCUCUACUACGACAUCAUCGACGCCUUCACCGACGGCAACAUCACCGAUCUCGUCGACGGCGUGCAGACCAUGCAGUCCGAGUGCCAGAUGCAGUACAUGUCGCUGUUUGUCGAGAACCAGGACAACCCGCGAUUUGCCUCGGUGGACUCGGAUAUGGCUCUGGCGAAAAACGCCAUGGCGUUCACCAUUCUCGGCGACGGCAUCCCCAAGAUCUACUACGGCCAGGAACAGCAUCUAAAGGGCGAGGAAUCGCCCUAUAACCGCCAGGCGCUGUGGCCGACAGACUACGACACCUCCGCGACUCUGUACGAGCUGGCUGCAACGUUGAACGCCCUUCGCAACACCGCCAUCGCCGUCGACGACGACUACGUCAACUACAUGAGCGAGAUCAUCUACACCGACGGCUCGACCUACGUCACCCGCAAGGGCUACAACAGCGUGCACAUCGUCGCCGUGCUGACCAACCAGGGCAGCUCCGGGUCUGCCUAUACCCUCACCGUCACGGGCGCGGCCGACGAAGGCCUCAACAUGACCGAGGUCUUUGAGUGCAAGAGCCAGCUGGUCGGCUCCAACGGGACGCUCUAUGUCGACAUGGACGCCGGUCAACCGCGGGCCUUCUUUGCCUCGUCCGAACUGCCGGGCUCGGGCCUGUGUGGUUAUGAGAAGUAUGCUGGCUCGGCCACUCCCACGGCCUCGUCGGCGACAGCUACAGCUACCAGCGAUGCCUGGACCAGCUUAGGGUUAGGGUUACUUCAGAAUUAUACUCGUAACAAUUUGGUGAACGUUUCAAAUUCACCAUAA